CCCGAGCAGAAAGAAAAGCCGACCGAGAAGAAGGGCGGCGAGGCUCCCUCAGAUAAUGCCCAUCGACGUUCUCUGUACCCGUCCACUUGCGCGACAGCCAGUUUGCCCGAUGUGAGUUGCUCGCGUCCGCUGCGGGUGCGGGUGCGGGUGAGCGGAAGGUGUACAUGGAGAGCGUGGGAAGACGGGUGCUGGAGGGACUGGUGCCUGCCUCGAGUGCUCUCAGCUCUGCGCAGCCUACUGGCACCAUCCCUGCUAGCAUCACAUAUCAUAGCCCGGGCCUGCACCGCAGACUGGUCUCUGCCCCUCACGCUCAUUUACGCCCCAUCUCGCCAUGUCCAGCAGCCCCCGCCCGUCGACAAGCUCCGACUCCUCCGGCCGCAGUUCGCCCACGCAGGGCUUCGAUUCCUCCGCCGCGCUCAUCCUUGUCCCAGAUACCGACGAGCUCAGUGCGAGCACCCCGUUCGGCAUCUCCAGCGACGACGAGUACGACUCGGACGACGACAGCGGUAUCGGAGGGACUGCCGACCGCCUACAGGCCUCCGCAUUCCCGCCGCUCUCCUCCAUCUCCGUCUUCCUCUACCUCCUAUCGCCCUUCCUCAAGCUUGGCGCGCUCCUCCUCCCAGAUGCUGGUUUACCGCUCAAGGUCGCAGUGCCUGCGGCACUGUUCUUCGCCGCGCUGGCGAUGUUUACGCGCCAGAUCUGGUACAUGCUGGCGAGGUACAUCCGGCGCGCGGACUUAGAGGAGAUCGUGCUGGAGACGUUCGCGCGGGACCGGAGGAAGGAGGGACGGAGGUGGGCUUUUAGGCAGAUCGUCCGCUUGACAUCGGGCGUGUUCCGAGUGUUGUUGGCUGUGGUGUAUGUGCGAGCGUCCGUGGAUGUCCUCUUGCCAUUCCUACCGGGGAAGCUCGUCCUCCCGUCAGAUGUCACGGUGACGCUCGUACUUGCUCUCAUCAUCGCCCCGCUCUACUUUGCCCAAUCCCUUGGUGUUGCGCGGGUCAUAUAUGCGACCUGGGCAUCCCUCGCUGCAUAUGUAGCAUGGUUCAUAUGCACGGCGUAUUCCCAUUCGCAGGGUAUACUCCCUAGGAGAGCAGCCCCCGUAUCUGCAGGAGCGUUAUGGCAAAGCGCAUCCAUCAUUGCCUUCGCUUUUACCACGUCCUCGACAACCUCCUUGUAUACUGCCCUUCGAGGCACCACACAACCACUGAGCGCCCGCCCGCGGCGAUCUCAGUCCUUCAAGCUACUCUCCGCGCUAUCCGUAGGGAUUGCGGUACUAUGUAUACUACCGCUUGUAUUCUUCCAAACUGCCAAUUUGCCAACGUCGCAGGAAAGACCAGUGCAGUCGCCAGACGCACUCGUCACGACGCCCGAAUACGUUCUCGCAGCACGAGCGCUGUUCGAAACGGCUGCCCUCGUGCUGUCUGUACCAUCUAUACUCAUCCCGACUCCCGCACUCCCCAUCUCAUCUUCCGUCCGCCGCGCCACCCCCGUCCCCCUCUCUCGCGUCCUCGUAUUCAUCGCCGCGAUCGGCCUCUCGCUCGUGCCCGCCGCCUUUGCGCGCGCGCUCAGCGAUGCCGUAUGGAUCCUCGCCUUCCUGAGCACGUACAUGCUCCCCGCGCUGCUCCACAUCAUCCUGCACAACUUCCGCAGCCCGCUGUCGAUCAUCAUCCCGCCGAGCACGCCCGCGACCGCAGUGUCGAGCCCGGGCAUGCCGAGCGCGCGCUCGGACGCGAGCGACUCGCGGAACGACGAGCUCCUCCAGCGGAAGGAGCGCACGCUGCAGCGGAGGCGCCUCGGGCGGAGGCUGGUGUGGGAUUUUGGCGUGUGGAUGCUGUUGGUGCCCGUAGGUGGAGGUGGGUCGGCGUGGGCCGCUGGUAGGCUCGCGGGCAAGUGGUAGCUGAGGUGCGCACGCAGAGUAUAGAAAAACCGGGACGUGUGCAUUUGGAUAGUUUGUGUGUCUGAUCUAUCUGGGCCAUGGGAUCGUGGUGCCGUUUUUUGUAUGAUUAGUGUCCUCUGUCCUCUGUUGUCUUUGUACCGUAGCCGUAGUGUACCAAAUGCACCGCGCAGAGAAAAUUCACGGCGUGCUGUGUACGUGGCCGCACACAUGCAUACA